GUUGACCGAGUUGAUCGAGUUGACCGAGUUGACCAGGGUAGUUGACCGAGUUAGUGCUCUAGCCUUAUUUGUUGACAUUGUGCGCCGUGUUUUUCAGCCCACUUUGUCACUGAAGCCGCGUUAUACAAUGGAAACCUGUAAUCGACACCAGAGUUCCUCUUUCUUUAAAAAGACACAUUGUUCAGGUACCAGCGCAAGGCAAAGCACUUAAAUUACCUACAAGAGUACAUGCCAUAUAUAGUGGCUAUGAGCUUUUGACACGUUAUCACGUAUGAACCCUAGGCCUUUUGCAGGUUUGCUGAAAUUUCGUCUUUGAUAUUCCUAUUUGAUUAGAUUACAUGCUAUGUAAGCUCUUAUGUCAUUGUGUACAAGGCCGUUAUCAUUGCUUGUUAAUAAAGGAAACGAUGUCGACUGUUAUGUCAUACAGAAUGUUGCUGGACAUUCACAUGAAAGGACCCUCUUUCGAGUGACAACGGAUCGGAGGAAUGGCUAUUCCUGUCCCAGGUAACCAAGAUGCGGCUCCCGCCGUCCCUGUCCCGGCCAACGGAGAAGCGGCUCCUGCCGUCCAUGUCCAAGUCAACCUACAUGUAGAGGUAGCUCCUGCUAUCCCUGUCCCAGCCAACGUAGAGGCGGCUCCUGCUAUCCCUGUCCCGGCCAACGGUGAGGCGGCUCCUGCUAUCCCUGUCCCGGCUAACGGAGAGGGGGCUCCCGCCGUCCCUGUCCCAGCUAACGGAGAGGUGGCUCCUGCUGUCCCUGUCCCAGCUAACGGAGAGGUGGCCCCUGCUGUCCCUGUCCCAGCUAACGGAGAGAGGGCUCCUGCUGUCCCUAUCCCAGCUAACGGAGAGGGGGCUCCUGUUGUCCCUGUCCCAGCUAACGGAGAGAGGGCUCCUGCUGUCCCUAUCCCAGCUAACGGAGAGGGGGCUCCUGCUAUCCCUGUCCCAGCUAACGGAGAGGGGGCUCCUGCUAUCCCUGUCCCGGCCAACGGAGAGGCGGCUCCUGACGUCCCUGCCAACGGAGCUGUUGCCCUUGCUGACCAGGUUCCGGCUGAUCAGGAUCAGCGAAGGCCUCGGCCGUUGACCCUUGAGCAACUACUGUUCUACAUGAUCUUUCUGGGUACUUUGAUCCUGCUGCGACCGGUGACAAAUACUAAACACCCUCUCAUGACAAUUGGCACCAGGUAUGGAUCCAUGCUGUUCAUGACCAACUUCCCGGACGACACUAUCGGAGUAGGUGAUAUUGUCUCGGCCAAAGUUCCAGGACAAGAAUUACCAUGGAUACGCAGGGUCGUGGAAGUUAAGGAGGACGGCGAAAACAACCUAUUGUACCUGACAAAAGGGGACAACGUUGACAACAAGUUCCCAGUGAGUGAUACAGCCGACCCCAAUCCACUGUCUCCCAUAUGGCUUACGAGGAACGAAAUUCUGAGCAAGAUGAAGAUGAAUAUCCCACUCCUUGGAAUCCCUCGCCUUCUGAUGGUCUCGAUCUCGGACUCUCCAUAUCUGGCUCCCAUCAAGUACCUAGCAUUGGCAUUUGUCUACUUCUAUCUGACCUUUAUGGUGGUUGGAUCGGUCAUAGCUGUAUGUACAUUGUAUGCUAGGGCGUGAAGAGGGCGUUUUGGUUGCUUCCAUGUGCGGGGUUGUUGUUCUCUUUAUGUCUGUUUCUGUGUUUGCUUGGUUUUCCGAACUUAGUUCCAAUGGCUAGACACCUCGGAGACAGGAAGUUAGGUCAAAGUCCCAUGAACAUUUCGUGUCUUUAAUUUCCUGCUAUAUGCAUUUCUGAUGCCUUGUGGGGCAUGAACAGAAUCAGCGAGAAACAAGAAAAUUUAAAAAAAUGUAAAUAUUUCAAGAUCUUUGCUUUCUUGUAAUAUGGCUGUGAGAGGUACUUCUUGCUCAUAAUAGACUAAAUG